CCUGAAUAUUGGCAUUUGACAAGAUGUGAAAAUAAUGGCAUUGAAGAUGAGGUUAGAAUAGCUACACAUUGCUUUUUAGAGGAAGAAAUUUAUCAAUACCCACUUUGUUCUCUUAAGCUGUCUAAUGCCAGACAUUUUACUCAUCAAGGCCAGGUGGGUUAGUGCUGGCACUUAAUAGGUUAAACCCCCUCUCUAUGAAAUACCCUCCACAUACACACACACGCAGCAAAGGCUAUGGAUAGCACUUUUUUCCAUCCAGCAAACCGCCCUAUCGAUUUUCUAAAGUCGUUUGUUUUUGGAUUUUUUUAUUAAUUCGGUUAGAGUUAGGGUUGAGGUUAGGGUUAAGGGUUAGAGUAGGGGUAGGGUUUGGGUUAGUUACAUAGCCAUUUAACACCUCUUCCAUCUUCCGAAAAUGACGUCAGGUCAGUUUGCUGGAUGGAAAAUAGUGCUAACCAAAGGCUACAGAGCUGUCCAAAUUGUUUCUUUUUGGGAUGGAAGAACCUAGUCGGCUCUGUGUUGGUUUCGGUAUUUUCUAAAGAAGAACAAUUCAAACCAUUUGCUCAAUAAAUUGUAAUAUAACUUCGAAAUAAAAACUUAUAACAAGUUAAAUGAAACAAAAACAUUUCUGUUGAUUAUGGGAUUGACUGGAGAAAUAUUCUGAAGUACGUAAAAUUAUCACAAAAGAAAUGUCUAUGUUUCCACCUUUUUUAAAGGCCAAGUAAGGGCAUUCUUUGGUAACAUUAGAACAAAACAUAAAUUAAAAUUACUUCGAAAUUCCUUAAAAAUUUCAUAUAAUUUUUCAUCAGUUUAAGGAAAUUUCCUUAGUGACACAAUUUCCUUACUGGCCGGAAGUGAACUAUUGGUUCCUUUUCACACACUUGAUGCCGUUUCUGGUGCUAAGAAAAGAACAUGACUGAUUGAAUCUUUUGUUAACCGCAUAGCUCUAGCACACACAAACACAUAUUCUCCUUCACAUCAAAAGACACAUCUGCAUAAUGAUUUGAUUAAUUAUUAUUUCACUUACUUUAACCUUAGUGCAAGUUCAGGCAUGCCCCCGUCAAGCAUGCCUGAAUUGAUCAAUUUAGAAGAUCAACUGUCAAAAUUGUGUUGUAAAGAUCUCUCUUGACUGUCAUAUUUUUACAAAAAAAAAAUGGAAUUGAGUUCUCUAACUUUUUUGUUGUAGGUGUAUGUUUGCAGUUGUACGGCAGUAUGGAGUCGUGGUUCUGGAAACUCAAAAGUUUUAUGCAAGUCUUUUACUGUUGAUACUCCAAUUACAAAUGUUGUCUGGUGCACUUUUGAAAAGCAGGAAACUAACACUUCAAACAACAAUGGUAGUGUUUACUAUGAAACUUUUACUGAACCUGUCUGUUUAUAUUAGGGAGCUGUUGGUAUUGAAGACAUGUCCAUAUAUUAGAGUCUUUAUAUAAGUGACAUGUCCAUAUUAGAGAGGUGUCUGUAUUAGAGAGGUGUCAAUAUUAUAGGUUUCCAUAUUUGAGUGGUGUCUUUAUUAGAGAGGUGUUCAUAUGAGAUAGAUGUCCAUAUUAGAGAAGUGUCUGUAUCAGAGAGGUGUCCACUUUAGAGAGAUGGCCAUAUUAGAGAGCCAGAGAGGUCUCUUUAUUAGAGAGAUCUCCAUAUUAGAGAGGUCCCAUAUUAGAGAGGUCUCCAUAUUAGAGAGAUCUCCCUAUUAGAAAGAUGUCUAUAUUACAGAGGUAUCCAUAUUAGAGAGGUGUCCAUAAGAGAGUGGUAUCCAUAUUAGAGAGAUGUCCAUAUUAGAGUGGUAUCCAUAUUAGAGAGGUGUCUAUAUUAGAGAGAGUGUUCAUAUUAGAGAGGUGCCCCCAUUAGAGAGGUGCCCCCAUUAGAGAGGUGCCCCCAUUAGAGAGGUACCCCAUUAGAGGUUGCCCCAUUAGAGAGGUGCCCCAUUAGAGAUGCCCAUUAGAGGUGCCCCAUUAGAGAGUGCCCCAUUGAGAGAGGUGCCCCACCCAUUGAGAGUGCACCCAUUAGAGAGGUGCACCCAUUAGAAGAGGUGCACCCAUUAGAGAGGUGCCCCCAUUAGAGAGGUGCCCCCAUUAGAGAGGUGCCCCCAUUAGAGAGGUGCCCAUAAUAGAGAGGUGCCCAUAAUAGAAAGGUGCCCAUAAUAGAGAGGUGCCCAUAAUAGAGAGGUGCCCAUAAUAGAGAGGUGCCCAUAAUAGAGAGGUGCCCAUAAUAGAGAGGUGUUCAUAUUAGAGAGUGUUCAUAUAGAGAGGUGACUGUAUUAGAGAGGUGACUGUAUUAGAGAGGUGUCCUAAUGAGCGGUUUGACUGUAAUAUUAUUUUUUAAAUUUAAAAAUGUUUAGUUCCAAAACGAAGUCUGUGUGUG